ACAUCUAUCACCUGUUUGUGUCAAUGUCACUGUUUUUACUGUUUUAUUUUUUUAUUUUAUUUAUAGAUUAGUAAUGUAAUUACUUUUGUAAAUAGUUAUAGUCAUCAGUACUGAGGUAACUAGAAUAACUCGUUGUGUUAACGAUACUAUAACAAUGUUAAACCUUCUCAAAUUACUAAUUACUUAUUAAUGUCUACGUGGACCAUUAAUUAAAAAUAAAUAAUCGACUUACCAAUUAGCAAUGAAUAGAACUAAAAGCAAUAAUUCAAAAAAUAUGAAGAAUUCUGAGUGCAACGACGACAGUGAUAUGACUGCUAACGUGUACAAACUUAUAACCAACGAGGAUAAACCGCCAGAUAUUAAAUAUGAUAAAGAAAACUCUUGGAUUGCAGCAGUGCAAAUGUUUAUAUCGUUUUUACUUGCUGGAUUUGGUAUGGUGGCAGCUAGCCUCCUCCUGGAUUUAGUACAACAUUGGGACGUUUUUCAAAAAAUAUCUGGAGUGUAUAUUCUUGUGCCAGCACUUUUAGGACUAAAAGGAAAUUUGGAAAUGACUCUAGCUUCGCGCAUGUCGACACAUGCUAACAUGGGAUGCUUAGAGGCAAGUCUAAAACAAUUAAUUAUAGGCAACCUGUGCCUUAUACAGUGUCAAGCUGUUUUAGUGGGAUUUUUAGCUGCUAUGGCUGCAGUUGCUAUGGGAUGGAUACCUCAAGGUGUAUUUGAUAUUCAUCAAGCUAUGCUACUAUGUGCCUCUAGUGUCCUAACAGCAUCUGUUGCAAGUUUUGUGCUUGGAUUGAUUAUGAUAGGAGUAAUUGUUGUAUCAAAGAAAAUGAAUAUCAAUCCAGAUAAUGUGGCUACACCAAUAGCAGCUAGUUUGGGUGAUUUAACUACCUUGGCACUGUUAUCUUGGAUAUCUUCAAUGCUAUAUAGAUCUCUUGGCACAAGUUUAAUUUUACCAUCUAUUAUUAUCAUUAUCGGUGCGAUUUUAGUUCCUGUGUGUGGGUAUGUUGCUUCAACAAAUAGUUUUACAACCCAAGCAUUAGAUGAGGGUUGGGUGCCUGUUGUAUCUGGCAUGGUUAUAAGCAGCACUGGUGGUUUGAUUUUGGGUUACACUGUAUCUAGUUAUGAAGGUGUUGCAGUAUUUCAAUUAGUUAUCAAUGGAAUAGGUGGUAAUAUGGCAGCGGUGCAUGCUUCAAGACUAUCCACUUUAUUACACACAGGGCAAAAAGAAAAAUCUGUGAUAAGUAGCACCACAAAAUUACUUAUGUUGAUGGUUAUACCGGGACAAUUGAUAUUUGUUUAUACAAUAGGUUACUUAAAAGCAGGACAUACAUCUGUUACACCUAUAUUUAUGUUGAUUUACAUGUGUGCUGCACUUUUACAAGUGUUUCUCUUAUUAGUAAUAAGUCAUUAUUUAGUUGUGUGGAUGUGGAAAUUAGGUUUAGAUCCAGAUAAUUCUGCAAUACCCUACCUAACUGCACUAGGAGAUUUACUUGGAACAGCAUUGCUGGGUAUUGCAUUCCACAUAUUGUUUGCCAUAGGAGAUAGAGAUGCAGAUUUGGGGGACUGAUCUUGUUGUACUUAUUUAUAACUCAAAUUAUAUAAAAGUAAGUUUGUAUUUAUUUUAUAUUUCAAAGUAUUUUUGUACAGAUCUUGAUGUAUAAGUUCUUAAUUUUAGGUACUUAUUAUUUUUAUUUUAAUAUAAUUAUUCUGUCACACAGCAUAAUAAUGUAUUACUUACUGUACUGUAGAGACAUUGGUGCUAAAGAUAUAUUUUAUCAUAUCAUAUUUUUUCUGAAAAUAUAAUCUUUAAUUUUUGACAAAAAA